AUUUGUGGGUUGAAAAGGUAAAAACGUACGAUUUUACGCUUUAAAGCGCGAUUUUGACAACAUUGUUGUGAGGCAUCGGGGGAGCUCGCGAGUCCGGAUAAGUCUCGAGUGUUCUUCUCAAAGAAUACAAAGCGAGACGUCUGCAAAGAGAUGAGCGAACACCUUCAAAUCCCGAUGACACAGGAUCUGGGGAAAUACCUUGGUGUACCUGUCUUGCAUGGCCGGGUGACGAAACAUGCCUAUAAAUAUAUUAUUGAUCGCAUUGACCAACGCAUUGCAGGUUGGAAAGCGGAGGAUUUGUCUCUUGCAGGUCGGGUUACACUCGCUAUCUCGGUGUUGAAUGCCAUCCCGUCUUACGUUAUACAAACAUCGGUGUUGCCGGCGGGAAUAUGUGAUUACCUGGAUCAUAAGAUCAGGGCGUUUAUUUGGGGCUCUCAAGAAGGUCGACGGCGAAUCCAUUUGAUCAACUGGGAAAUGAUUUGUCUCCCAAAAGACCAGGGCGGGCUGGGGCUACGGAAUGCGUGGGAUCUGAACACCGUGUACUUCUUGAAGCUCGCUUGGGGAAUUCUCAAGCAACCGGGGGAGGUGUGGGUUCGGGUGUUCAAGGAGAAGUAUCUUAGGGAGGGCCCAGAUAGAGUGGAGCUCCGGCGUAAGACCCGUUGCUCUCAACUUUGGCGUGGAGUACGGCGUGUGUGGGGCAUGAUGCUGGAGGGCGUGCUGUGGAGCAUUCGGGACGGAGAGGAGACACUGUUUUGGCAGGAUAAGUGGGUGGAUGGCGAUAUUGUCUUGGCAAAUCACUUGUUGCCUUCGGCAUGGGGAGUCCACCUGCAAGCUUCGGUCGCAAGCAUGACCACAUCGACUGGUGAGUGGAACUCCGCUCUACUAUCUUCUAUCCUUCCUAAUGAGAUGUUUUUGCAGGUGAUUGGGAUGUCGCCGCCGCAGCCGAAGCUCGGGAAGGACGAGCUGGUAUGGGGACUGGAGGAUAAUGGCAAAUUCACAUUAAAGUCAGCUUACCAGCCCGUGGCGGCUAUCGAGGGAGACUAGGCGCACGCAGGGUGGAAAGUAGUGUGGAAAUGGCCUAGCCCGAGCCGGGUUCGACACUUCCUCUGGCUGGCACUCAUGGCACGCUCCUGACCAAUGAGGAAUGACGACGACGCCACUUCGCUACAAGUACGACCUGCCAGCGAUGCAAGCAGGACUCGGAGUCCCUGGAGCAUGGGUUCCGUACCUGCAGCUUCGCGAGGCAAGUUUGGGGCUUAACUAGGGGUGGUAAACGGUAAUCCGGUAAACGGUUUACCGUUUUACCGAACCAGUAACCGGCGGUAAGCUGUAAACCGUUUAUCGGCGGUAUCGCCAGCCGAGCGGGAAAUUAGGGGAGUCGGUUUACCGGACACGGUAUCGGUAAAUACCGACGGUAAAUCGGUAUUACCUAUACUGAAUCCCCCCUCCCUACUCCCUAGUUCUACGUUGCGUUUUGUUGCUUUACCCCCAAAAAUAUAAAAUAUUACAUACAUGAAUGUAAGUAUAGGCCUCAAAAAUAUUGUAAAUAAGAGUUAAUAAUAAAUUAUUAAUUAAAAA